GGACUAUGGUUCCGAUGGGGAAAAAUGUGAUGUAACUGAACCCUCAUAUUUUUUAGACUUUUCGAAUUAAUUAGAUCAUUCACCAAUGUAAAAAAUUAUUUAUUGGAAAAUUUUUUUCAUUUUUAGUGUAAUUAUAAUACAACUCUAUAGUCCCACUACAGCUUAGUUUUCAACCAAUCAGAGGCAUUUCAAUUAGCACAUGUGCAGUCUGCUCAAGUUUUCUAUCCUGAGAGUUCAAUUAUUAUUAUAGGCAGUGAGAUAUUUUAUUGUUGGAAUUUGUGAUGGCUUUAGGAUCUCAAGUGGAAAAUGAUAAUCGAAAAAGAGACGCAUUACAAGAAGGAAGAAACUUGAAAGAACAAGACAGAACAAAAGCUAAAGAGGAGAAUGGCGUAGUGGAGAAGGGGGAAACCGAAGCAAGCGAGAAGAACAAGGCGAAGAACAAUAAGAAAAAUGAGGAAGAUAACAAGGAUAAGGAUAGCAGUGAUGUCUCCAAAAAGGACGAGCCUGAGGUGGUGUUCAUACAGGACAUGGGCUUCACUGUUAAGAUCCAUAGUCCCGGAACUGAGGCCUUUGAUAUACAGGUGUCGAGCAUGGAGCUAGUGCAGGAGAUCCAUCAGCUGUUGAUGGACAGAGAGGACACAUGUCACCGCACCUGCUUCUCUCUCCAACUGGAUGGUAACACCUUGGACAACUUUGCCGAACUGAAGAACAUUGAAGGCCUCAAGGAGGGAUCUGUCAUCAGGGUGGUGGAGGAGCCCUAUACAAUGCGCGAGGCCCGCAUACACGUGCGACAUGUGCGAGAUCUGCUGAAAUCGCUGGAUCCGGCCGACGCCUACAAUGGAGUCGACUGCAGUUCUCUCUGCUUCCUCAACGUUGUCACGCAGGGAGACAUUCUCGAAAAGAAGAAGAUUCGUGGCGAGAGUGUGGACUGCACACCACCCGACUACAUAAUGCCAGGCAGCAAGGACAGGCCUCUUAUGCCGCUGCAACCCAUGGCCAAGGAACAGAAGAGCCCGCAGUGCAUUAAGGUGUUGACAACUUCGGGCUGGAACCCACCACCCGGAUACCGUAAGAUGCACGGCGAUCUGAUGUACUUGUAUGUGGUGACAAUGGAGGAGAAACACUACCAUAUCACCGCCUGUGCUCGCGGCUUCUUUCUCAACCAAUCGACAGAAGAGGAGUUCAACCCUAAGCCGGCGUCUCCCAGCCACCUGAGCCACUCGCUGAUUGAACUGCUGAACGGAGUGAGCUCGGCGUUCAAGCGCAACUUUGCUCUGCUGCAGAAGAAACGCACGCAACGCCAUCCGUUUGAACGCGUCGCGACGCCCUACCAGAUUUACCCGUGGGCGUCGCCGCAUACUGAGCAUACGGUCGACGCUAUCAGGGCUGAGGAUACGUUUUCGUCGAAACUGGGCUAUGAGGAGCAUAUUCCGGGGCAGACGCGCGACUGGAAUGAGGAACUGCAAACGACAAGAGAGCUGCCACGCAAGAACCUGCCUGAGCGGCUGCUAAGGGAACGCGCCAUUUUCAAGGUGCACAGUGACUUUGUGGCGGGCGCUACGCGCGGCGCAAUGGCAGUGAUUGAUGGCAAUGUGAUGGCGAUCAACCCGGGCGAAGAGGCAAAGAUGCAGAUGUUUAUCUGGAACAACAUAUUCUUUUCGUUGGGUUUCGAUGUGCGCGAUCACUACAAGCAGUUGGGUGGCGAUGCUGCUGCUUUUGUCGCUCCGCGAAACGACUUGCAAGGCGUGCGAGUGUACAGCGCCGUAGACCUGGGAGGCCUCUACACACUGGGCACUGUGGUCAUUGACUACCGCGGCUAUAGGGUCACUGCACAGUCCAUCAUACCUGGCAUCCUUGAGAGAGAGCAGGAGCAGUCUGUUGUCUAUGGAUCCAUAGACUUUGGCAAAACGGUCAUAUCGCAUCAGAAGUACAUGGAUUUGCUAAGCAAAGCCGCCCAACAGUUGAAAAUCCUUCCGCACAAAGUGCUCAACGACAAGGACGAAGAGAUUGAGCUGUGCUCGAGUGUGGAGUGCAAGGGCAUAAUUGGCAACGAUGGCCGGCACUACAUUUUGGACCUGCUUCGUACGUUUCCGCCCGAUGUCAACUUUCUGAAACUGGAGGGCGAAGAGCUGAGCAGGGAAGUGCAGGCGCUCGGAUUCCCCAUUGAACACAAGCACAAGUUGUGCUGUCUCAGGCAGGAGUUGAUUGAUUCGUUUGUCGAGUCUAGAUACAUGAUGUUCAUAAAGUUUGCGGCCUAUCACUUGCAACAGCUGGGUGCCAAGAAGCAGAAGGGUGGUGCAGCAGUGGAUGGGGCACCAGACAAAGAGUCGGCUUCCAAGGUCAAGGCCAUUGACAAUAAGGCGAGCUCGUCGAAAGAAGAAGUUGAAAAGGUGGCCGAAGAGAACCCAAUGGAGGCGGAUGAGGCGAAGAAGAUAGUGGAAAGCAUAACUGACUCGAUCACUAGCGGCGAAAAGCAGGAGCUAGAAGAGAGCACCAAGGAGAUUGUCAGAAAGGCGGCAUCAGCUGUGGGCUCGCUGAAGGACACAGAGUUUGACGUGCGCUUCAACCCGGACGUGUUCAGCCCGGGCGUGAGGCAUGCCCCGCCCACAGACUGCCCCAACAUCAACAAGCAACGCCAGCUGGUCAAGGAUGCCGCCGACUUCCUUGUCACCACGCAGAUUCCCACUUUUAUCCGCGAAUGCUUGGACCACUCGUCAGCUCCAAUGGACGGUCUCACGUUGUCGGAGGGUAUGCACACACGAGGCAUCAACAUGCGCUACCUGGGCAAGAUUGCCGACAUGUUGGCCAAGAUGAAGCAGCUGGAGUAUCUGUUGAGUAUAGCUGUUGCCGAGUUGUUGACACGGGCUGCCAAGCAUAUCUUCACCAGCUACAUGCAGUCCACUGAGCUCAUGAGUCUCUCAGCCGCCAUCAGUCACUUCUUGAACUGUUUCCUCAGCACCUGUCAGAUGCCGCAUCCUCAGCAGACUGCUGAUGAGCCGCAAAGCAAGACCUCGAAACGCCGUAACAAGCGCAAAGGCCGCAUGAAUCCUCUGUCGGCUGCAGACAGCACAGAAUGGAUGAGCCUCACACCCAAGUCGCUCUUCAGCCAGCUCAAAUCGGAGCUGAAGGCCUACUAUGACUGGGACCUCACCACCGACUCUAUAGACGCCACUGUUGAGAUGUACUCGCUGCAGAAGAUAUCGCUGCUCAGGUCGUUCUGUAUGAAGACAGGAGUGCAGAUUCUGCUGAGAGAGUACACGUUUGAUGGCAAAAACAGGCUGUCGUUCUUCGAAGAGGAUAUCAUCAACAUUUUCCCUGUUGUCAAACAUAUCAACCCCAGAGCAAGCGACGCGUACAACUUCUACACGACGGGCCAGACAAAGAUCUCGCAGGGCUACCUGAAGGAGGGCUACGAACUGAUAUCGGAGGCACUGAAUCUGCUGAACAAUGUGUACGGCGCAAUGCACCCGGAAAUAGCGCAGUGUCUGCGCAUGUUGGCCCGCCUCAACUACAUAAUGGGCGAUCAUGCCGAGGCGAUGGCCUACCAGCAGAAGGCAGUGCUCAUGUCCGAGCGGGUCAACGGCAUUGAUCAUCCCUACACUGUCACCGAAUAUACCCAUUUGGCACUAUACUGCUUCGCCAACAGCCAGAUCAGCACUGCACUGAAGCUUCUGUACAGAGCCAGGUACCUGGCACUCAUUGUCUGCGGCGAAAAUCACCCGGAAAUCGCCCUGCUCGACAGCAACAUCAGUCUAAUCCUGCACGCAGUUGGCGAGUACGAACUGUCACUUCGCUUCCUCGAGAAGGCACUGGCUCUGAACAUGAAGUUCUACGGGCCGCGUUCGAUCAAGGUGGCCGUGAGCUAUCACCUGGUGGCGCGCACACAAAGCUGUAUGGGUGACUUCCGGUCGGCGCUCAACAACGAGAAGGAGACCUAUGCCAUUUACAAACAGCAGUUGGGUGAAGAGCACGAGAAGACAAAAGAGUCGUCGGAUUGUCUGCGUCACUUGACCCACCAGGCAGUGGUGCUGCAGAAGAAGAUGAACGAGAUCUACACGGGCAAGCCCGGUGUGGGUCUGCCUCCCAUUCAGAUUCAACCGCCCAGUAUGGGAAGUGUCCUCGACAUGCUCAACGUUAUCAACGGCAUACUCUUUGUGCAGAUCAGCCAACAGGACAUAGAGAACUUCAAGACAGUGAUUGAAAAGCAGGCGCUAAAAGAGAGCGAACUCUACAGUGGUGGUGUGAAUGGACAGGAAAAGGAAGAGAAGAAGGAGGUGGAGAAGAAGACGAAGACGGUGAAAGCAGAGAAGACGGCGGCGAAAGAGGAAAGUGGCGGCAACAGUAAACAAGGAGAAGUGUGUGUGAGUUGAGAGGCGUGGAGGGCGCAUGCGCCAGAAGCUCAGCCAAUCACAGGCCAGCGUUACUGGCGUUGUCAUGGCAACCGCUGGUGACCACUAAACGCAGUACCGCUGCCGCCGCGUCACCGCUGACUAAACACAGUACAGUACGUAGUCUCAAUUUGUAGUAGUCGAUUAUUAUAAUUUUCUAUCAAUAAUGAAUGAUUAUCAGAAAAAAAACACAAAAAAAUGAAGAAACUAUUGUAUAAUUAUUACUAUUAGAAGCUGUUUCACACACACACGCGCACGUCCAGGAUGAAAACGUGGACCCGUUUACGAAAAUUAUUAUUAUUAGUUUAUGUUUUUUAUAGUUUUUGUUAGUAUGUAAAUUGUGGUGGACACGUUUUUGUCUAGGGGUUGUUGUGGUGAUGUGGUUUUGAUACUAGAUUAAAAUUGAAUUGUGUUAAGGUGGAGUUUUUGAGAAGUUUUGUAGAAAAUGUGGAAGAUAGGUCGCUGUUUUGGGGUAGUGUUAUUGACAAGAGUUCAUUGAUGGUAACAUUUACAGUAUUAUUGUGCUGGUAUGUGUCGAGGAAUUUCAAAAUUUGUUGAAAUUGAUAUAGAAAAACAAACUUUUCUAACUUGAAAUUAGAAGGCCAUCAUCUUAAUUUUAUCUGAACUCUCCAAAGCUGUCUUCUCGUUAAAACAAUAUAAUUAAUAUUGUUGUUGUUGUUCUAAGAAAGUAUUUAUGUUGUAAUACUAACUUUUUUGUGAAACAAUUUCGAAAGAUGUUUCAAUGACCAUCUAUUUCUCUGUUGAAAAAUAAAAUGUUGAACAUUUUUGUAUCCGAAAUUUAUUUAUUAAGUUUGUAUAAAUUUUUGUUUCUUGUCUUGUGCAAGGAUAUUGUUUGUUGUUUACAUUGUCCAAUAUUUGUUGAAAUUUAUUUUGUAUUCAAAUUGAAUUGAAACAUAUUUGAGCUCUCGUCAUUGGACGAAAAUGUAAUAUUUUUGACGAGAUUGCUUUUGUAAUAAUUGAUGAAAAGCUCAAAAGUUGAUGUUUUUGAAAAACACAGAAUUCUAUGUUUUUGUAAUUUGUUAAUAAGUGGCUUGUUAAAGAGAGGAAGACUUGAAGGAACUGAAAGCAUUUGAAAUGAAAAAUUGCUGAUAAUACUAUUGAGGAUUAGAAUUGCCUAAUCACUUUAUGUACGAUUCCUGUAUUUUUGCUUGUAUGAUAUUCCUAAUACUUGGAAGAUCUUGUGGUGAAAAGAAUUCAUUUUCAAAAGGUGUAAAAAUUUAUGUGUUCAUUCUAUCAUCGCUACCAAUUUUUUGUUAACCAUUAUACAUUUUUUUUAAAGGUGCCAUUUUGAAUUUCUUGUCAAUGCAGCCUGAAUAUUUUGUCUGCCAUGAUUUUUUUUUUCUUAGUAGUUGUUGCCAAAAAAUAGCGAAAAAAUUAACAAAUAAACAUUGUUGAAUAAUAUAUAAACUAUUGUUUCUAUAAGUAGUAAAAUGAAUGAAGGAUCAUUAGUCCUAUCACAUUUGCCUGUAGGAGUGUAUAAGUAUAUAUAGUUGAGUGAGAAAAACUAUAAUAUUGUAAUGGUAGGCUAUUUUGCAAGGAGAGAUAAUUGAAAUUUAAUUUCAAGAUCGCACAAAAUAGCUGCAUGUUUUCAGUAGAAAAUUACUGGAUUUUAGUAAGUUAGAAUCAAAUAGUGGAAUUUGAGUGCUUUAAAGUUGAAAUAUUAAUUUAUAUUUUCAAAUAAGUAUAUUAAAUAAAGUAAAUUUAUAGUCAAUUUUUUGAAUAUUGUUUGGAUUGGUGCAUCUAAAUCUUGAAACUUUCAAAAUGUAUUUAAAUUAGAGAUGAUCUAUCUUGAAAUAAGUUGUAUCAGUUAAUCGAUACAAUGAUAAUUAUUCAGGAGGAAAUAUUAUUGUAAUUAUUAUAUAGGCACUGAAAUUGAGUAUUCAAAAAGUUAUAAUUUAUGUUGAAGAUUCCAUAGUUUAUCAGAUACUUAUGCAAUACCACAUACUAGGCUCAUCAUCAAAAUUAAAUAUUUAUACUUUUAUUUAUAUUAUUUAUUCAAUAAUGAUAAUAAUUUGGACAAAGUUGAAUCAGAAAUAAUUCUGGGAUACAGGAGAGUUGAUAAAUAAUCGUUUUUAUCUAUUAUUAAUCAAAUUAUCUAUCAGUUGGUUAUUAAAUAAUGAAUAGCAUAUAUAAUACGUAAUGUGUGUGGCAAAAAUGAAGGAUUAUUUAUUAUUUUUUAUUUCAAUACUGUAUUAAAUAUUAUAUAGGCUAAUAUUGAUGGAGGGAAAUGACGUUGAUUGUGUUGAGGCUUCAAGUAUAUUAUUCAGAAACUGUUGUAUUUUCAAAAAUACUUCAUAUUUAAAUUAAUGUUAAUCAAUGUCAAACACAACGUUUUGAAAAUUAAACAGCUAUUUACUGCUCUAAAGUUGAUAGAUAACUAAAAUAUCUAAUGAAAACGUAUACAAAUUCACAUCUUGCAUUUUUCUGCGUUUAAUAUUGUUGAUUAUUUGUUGAAUUGUUAAAAUUUGUAACAAGGUUGGUUCUUCAUUAAGAGUAUUGCCUGAAAUUUUUGACAAUAAUUCAUGUUCUAUUUUACAAAGACUGAACAAGUCUUCUCCGUUUAAGCGAAUAAUCUGUUAUUAUUUUUGUAGUAAAAUAGCCUUAGAACGAAAAUAUUUUUGUGUAAAUUUGUCGCAUUGUUGUGAAAAAUAGAUCGAUUGUAAGAUGUACAUACCUGAGCUCUGUUCAAAUAUGUUUGAAUUUUCAGUUUUUUGUACUGUGAGCCCCUUCAUUACUGCAGUAUACUACAACAGAUCUAAUUUGCAGUCCUUAUCAGGAAUAACUGAUUAGCUUUCUAGCAUGUAAUAGAUACAGAUAUCCUAGCUUCUAAUAUAAUUUGUUUUUUGGUAAUUGUUCUUAAAAUCUGUUUUGCUAAUGCUAACCAUAUAGUUAACACAUGUAGUUGAAAUUUUAAUCUUUAUAUUAUCCAAGUUUAUGCCAACUAUAUUAUGUAAUAUUUAUUAUACAUGCAUUGUAGAUACCAUACCAUUUUUAAUAAUAAUCUAUUACCCAUAUUGUGGUACCGCUAUGAAUGGUGGUAUACUAUUUUAAUUACCUAUAAUAAUAUGUGGUAAUAGAAUUCUCCACUUAAAAUAAAUCAAACCGUCUAGAGCAUCACAUCGAAAGAUAUCAAAAGUAAUUAAUGCAAUAAAACUAGUGUUGUGAUAUAAUAAUAAUAAUAUAUAUUUACAUUUAUGUUUUUAUCAAGUGUAAGUGAUUUUCUAGAGUUUCAUAUCAUGAGUUUAUUUGGAUGAAAUAACUAUUACAUAGGAUUUUACUUUCAUUGUCAUCCCGUACUUUGUUAAUGUGCGGAAAAUUGAAUGAUAGGCUCUAUAAAGUAGGUUUCAAACUCAAAACUUUCUGUUUGUUUAAAAUUUCAAGAAUAUUUAGACCUUUAUUCUUUAUUGAUUCAUACAAUAAGUACAUCAUCAAAAAGAUAGGGAGACUUGUCCUAUUCCUCUCCCAAAUUUAGAUAAGGUUACUCAUAGUCCGAAAUAGGUUAAAUUUGAAUUUACUGUUAUUAGGAUGUUAUGAAUUCAAUAGGAAAUCUUUUUCAUCUCGUUCAUUGACAUAUAUAUUCUUAUUUUACAGUAGGCCUGUAUAAUGUUUCAUAUCAUCUCACUUUUAUAAAAUAAUUGUCGAGAUUUCAUUCAAAGAUAACUUAAAUUAUUUUAUGCUGUGAAUAUUUCUUUCAUUCAUUCAUACUUAUCAUUAUUGUAAUCUAAAAUAUGUUCAAUAUUUCAAAUGCAACUAACAUUUUCACAAAUAAUGUUUUGUAUAUAAAACAUUCAACUUAUUAUAAAUGGAUAAAUAUAUCACCAGAAUUCAACUAGUCAAUACUGUUCCAAUCAACUAACGUUGUUUCAUGAGAUUUUAAUCAUUUUCCAAUCAAUUGUGUUCCAGUGCUAAUUAAUGAAUUUCUGGUCUGCUUGGCAUAAAUAUAAUACUAUUGGUUCUUAUGGAAGUAUUCAGACAUUAGUAGACUGCAAAUGUGUGAACACCCCCAUAAGAACUAAUUCUCUUUAUAGUCUACUCAUCAGGGCAGAAAUUUAUUGAAAAGCAGAGAUUUAGGUCUUACUAAACCAUAGAUAUUAUAUCACUGUUCCAUAUUAUUAUUAUAUUAGUAGUUGUUUAUAUUUUUAGAGGGAAAACAAACUAGUGGCAAUAUAGUAGUGUUAUGACUAUAGUUAUUUUAUGAUGAUAUUGUAGUGAUAUUGAUUAAUUCUAAGUAGUAGUUUAUGAAAUUUCUGGUUCUCUUAUCUCUCCUUGUGGAAUGAGAAUCAAAUCUAGGUGAACUUCAAUUAAUUAACUAUCGCAAACGUUUAUAAAAAAUGAUUUUGUUGAAUAUUUCGUGAGAUAAGAUGAAAUGAACAAAACCAAAUAAUAGUUUUUAAAUAUUUGUUAUUGUUUUCCGAGUGUUUAUAAUAAAAUGCGACAAAACGUUUUGACGAUCA